ACCGACGCCGACCGCCAUGGACGCCGCCCCCUUCUUCCACGAGCUAAGAAAGCAAGCCUCUUUCUUCCUCAAAGACAAGCUCCGGACCGCACGAUUGGCCCUCACCGAUGUCACUCCGGCGCAAUUGCUCACUGAAGAAGCCACGAACUCAAGCUCCUGGGCACCCGACUCCAAGACCAUGCGCUGCAUCUCGCUGGCGGCCUUUGAGAUUGACGAUUACUGGAGAAUUGUGGAGAUUUUGCACAAAAAGUUUGAGAAGUUUGACAAGAAGCAGUGGAGAGAGCCAUACAAGGCUCUAAUACUUCUCGAGUACCUCCUAACUCACGGUCCGAAGAGCAUCGCAGAGGAGUUUCAGAACGAUAAAGGAGCCAUACAACUCCUCGGUGACCUCAAAUUCAUCGACGAAAGAGGCUUCAACUGGGGUCUCACAGUCAAGUACAAGACACAGCGAGUCUUGAACCUCUUAGACAAUGGCCAGCAUCUCGACGAAGAGCGCGACCGGGCUAGAAAGCUCUCUCGAGGAAUCCAGGGCUUCGGCAGCUUCAAUCUGAACCAGCUUUCAUCGGCAAGUGACCAUGAAAGUGUACCAAGCAAGCAUAGACGGCAUGAUGAUGAUGUGUUCAUGAAGAGCGAAAAGGAGAAUUUGAAAUGUGAUGCAACAGUCGAACCACUCAUGAGGAGGGAAGGCAGAAUCGAAGGGAGACUCUUCCAAGAGCUAUCAAAUCGCAAGAUUCUGGCAGUUAAUGAAACAAGAAAUGGCGUUGCCACAAAACCAACGUUGGCUAACGGAUAAGGUUGCUUUUCCAUUAGAAGUUGCAAAGUGUGUACCACAAUACUCAAAAUGCUGCUACAAGUGAUCUCUAAUACGCAAUUUUCAGAGCCGAUUUCAAUACAAUUUCCUUAGAAAAGAUGGAUGAAUUAUAUGUUAUAGUGUUCCAUGAAUAGGAAGGGAAGUCUGGACACAAUAUUAAAUUUGUGGUCUCGAGUUUGAGUUAUGGAAACAAUUUCUUAUAAUGCUGGAUAAGUACAGCAGACUUAAUGUGGUCUAAACUUUUUUUAAA